UUUAUUUUUGGAUUGGUUUUGCGAUCCCUAACUUUCACAAUAAAAAAUAAAAAAAAAUCAUAAUAAUUUCAGACGCAAAAAACAGUUAUAAAAUGAGUUUCUAUAAUUAUAUAUUCGGUCCGAAGUUGUACAUGGAGUACAAAGGAGUACCCGAACCUCAGCGAAAAAUGUAUGAACCCGGUGCAGUUGAAAAGUUCGGCGAACAAAUACUGUCAACGCUGUCGGUCGUUUGGUCGGUCAGCUAUUACACGUCACCGCUGAUCUUCACAUUCCUGUACAGACGCGGUUACUUUGUGGCCGACUCCAUACCGACAUUGGCCAAGUUUACAACUAGCGUCGGUUUGAUUGUCAUCAUUUCCCUGUUUAUGCGCGGCGUUGGACGGCGACAGUCCAAGGCAUAUACGAAUAUGGUUAAUGCCCUAAUGCAGGCCAAGACAAACAAAUCAUCGGAGCCACUGCGUCGCUUUGAUAUUGACUUUUCUGCCUGGCCCGUUGAUUUCGACGUGAAAGCGGCAGCUGGGGACCUCAAAAAGCCAACGAAUACAGUUGGUCGACGUGAGGGACUCAGCAUUGCCACAAUACCCUGUGAAUUUAUAGCCUAUCUGGCCAUAAACACCUUUGGUCUCUCCAUGAUUUAUCCCGGCUCCGUUAAAAUACUGCAGAAAUUCAUGAGACCGAUGCUGAUCGCAGGACGUGCUAAGCUUAUUGAGGAUGAUAAUGGCAUUCGUUACAAAGUGAAAACAAUUGAUUCAAAUGAAAUUGAUACGUUGUUCGUUGAUAAUCGCAGUGAUAAUGUUGGCAAUGGCAAGACUUUGGUCAUUUGCUCCGAAGGAAACGCUGGCUUCUACGAGGUGGGCAUCAUGGGCACUCCCAUUGCCUUAAAGUACUCGGUGUUGGGCUGGAAUCAUCCGGGAUUUGCUGGCAGCACUGGCAGCCCGCAUCCGGAGCAGGACAAAAACGCCAUCGAUGCUGUUGUUCGGUUUGCCAACAAUCAACUGGGCUUUGCCAUUGAAGAUAUCAUUUUGUAUGGCUGGAGUAUUGGCGGUUUCAGCACCUUGUGGGCGGCAUCCAUCUAUCCGGAAGUCAAGGGAGUGAUCUUGGAUGCCACCUUCGAUGAUGUGCUCUACUUGGCAACACCGAGAAUGCCUCAGAGUCUUGGCGGGAUUGUUCGCGUUGCCAUUCGUAAACAUUGUAAUCUGAACAACGCAGAACUGGCCAUGAAAUACAAUGGUCCUAUUAUGAUGAUACGACGAACUGAAGAUGAGAUUAUAGCCGAAGACAACCGCAUUGAUACGAAUCGAGGCAACUAUUUGACCAUGGGAGUGCUCCGAUAUCGUUAUCCCAAUCUAUUCACUGCGUCACAAUUGUCGCGCACCAAAGGAUUGCUAUCGAAACCAUUGGAAACAUAUAGUUAUACUGUGGCCGAGGAAAAGCUGUGCAUGUCACGCCUUAUCACUUAUGCCUCGGAUGAGGGUAAAGCAUUUCCCAUGCUGAUUGGAGCGGAUUACAAUGAUGAAGUGCGCAAUCAAAUGGCAUUGUUUUUGCUGCGCAAGCAUUUACGUGACUACAAUUCAACACAUUGCACACAGCUGCCCGGAGAAUUCUUCAACAUUCCAUGGGAUAUACCCAUUGAGCAUGGAUUCGUAUUCACUUAAGUUCUUCGCAGACACAAAUGGUAUUCGUGGUGUAUUUAUGUUUAAGAUGUUUAGUGAAUUGGUCAAGUCCAUUUGCAUUUUGACAAAAACUGCUUCUUAUUAAAUUAUUAAUUAUUUGGGCAAGCUGUUAAUCAAUACAAUAACUGGGUGUAAAAUUGUCUUAUAUACAUUAUUAUACAUAUACAAAAAUGAUGAAAAUAAAUGUCGCAAACCAA